GGUAGUGGUAUAUCCACGUUGGGCUGUGUUCUCGGCCAAGGAAUGAGAGAAUUAGGAGAGACUAUUGUUGGGGACCAUCCAUAAAUGCAGGCUGUGGGAGCAGGAACUGAGGGAUCGUUUCACAAGUCAGAGAAAUCGUAAACAAGUCACCCAUGGCUACAGCAGCUGAAAAUAUCCCGAAGGUCCUAGCGAAGCUGCAGUGGAUGAGAGAGCAGCACAUCUGGCCUAACGGCCUGCGGUACCUGUGGACAGAUGCCCACGGGGUGUGUCUUCUGGUGUCGCUCUACAAGGAACUACAGGAGGAGAAGUACCUACAGGAGGCAGAGGCAGUAGUCGCGGAUGUUUAUCGUGUUCUGGGUCGGCAGCGGGGACUGCGGAUUGGUGAGGAGCCAGACCGAGACGGACAGUACUUCCACUACCUAACAAAAUGGAUGUACGCCCUUCAUCAGAUGGGCAAGGUGAAACCUGAGUACCAUGAGCGAGCAGUGAAAUUAGCCAAGGACAUCCACCAUGCCUUCUAUGUCCCGGGGGUCGGAAUUCGCUGGAAGAUGUUAGAGGACCUGUCAGGGCCUUACCCUGGUUAUGGCCUGGGUGGGCUGGACUUCUAUGAUGGGUUUGUGAUGUACCGGCUGCUCGACCCGUCUGCACUGUCUGCAGAGAUCGUCAACCUGCAGCAGCUGGUCAUGAAGAACUACAAGAGCUUCAGCUGCACACAGGAUCUGGGCCUGGGCGAGUGUCUGUGGAUGUCUCACUUCUUCCCCGAUGAGGAAUGGGCCAAGACCUUACGCCAAAGGAGUGAGACGACCUUGAACUCCAUGUGGGUGGAGAAGGGCGGCCUGUUUGCCAAGGACAAGGGUUACUUCUGCCGAGAACCUGGUCAUAAAGGAGUCAAGUUUGGCUUCACCAACUUUGGGGUGUCCCUUGGACUCCAGGCCGCAGGACUCUGGCCAGAGAGGGUGGAGAAACUGCACGGCUUCUUUGAGAGUUACAAGUCUAAUGACGAGUAUGAUACAGACGCGAUCACCCACGUCAUGCACUGCAACAGCGUCUUUCCUGGGGUCCUCUGUUCAAGUUUUAACUGA